GGUCGAGCCGCUCCGCUACUUCCUCGUGCCUGCAAAGUUUUCGUCGGUUCCGCCCCCCUCGGCGGUCCGCCUGACGAGCUCGCCUCUCCUCGCUUCGGCGGUGAGAGGCAGGAAUGCCCCGGCAAGUCCAUCCUGGCUUCGGAUGUGCUGCGCUCGGCAUGGUUCUUCGGCCGAACCAACGAGGCUGAGACGAAAGGAGUCGGAGCCGGAACGCUUCAAAGAUGCAGCAUUGAUCCAAAGGCAGCUACUGAUCUCCAGAUCUUGCUGAAACUACUGAAUUCUGCAUAAUGAUGUCGUUGGGUUACUUAAGCAAGGGAGUCAGCCUAGAUGAACUUAUUGAUACCUGUAUUGAUUCUUUUGAUGCAGAUGGAAACCUGUGUAAAAAUUACCAGCUCCUGACAGUAAUUUUAACCAUGCAUCGACUUAUCAUCUCCUCAUCUGAGAUACUACGAAAACUAAUAGAUCUAUAUAAGGGUGCCUUGGAAAAUAAUUCUUUGCUCUGCUGUAAGAUAUGUUACCUUGUGAGAUAUUGGAUAAGAGAAUUCUGGAUCAUGUUUAAAACAGAUACCAAUCUUACAAAUACUAUGGAAGAAUUUCAGGAAUUGGUGAAAGCUAAUGGUGAGGAGUUACACUGCCGCCUAAUUGACACAUCUCAAAUAAAUGCUCGAGAUUGGUCGAGAAAGAUAACCCAGAGAAUAAAAUCUAACAGCAGUAAGAAACGAAAAGUUUCACUGCUCUUUGAUCAUCUGGAACCAGAGGAGUUGUCAGAUCACCUUACCUACCUUGAAUUCAAGUCCUUCCGACGAAUAUCAUUUCCAGAUUAUCAAAACUACAUCAUAAAUGGAUGUGUGAAGGACAAUCCGACAAUGGAACGCUCAAUCACACUUUGUAACGGUAUUUCACAGUGGGUACAACUAAUGGUAUUAAAUAGACCAACACCACAGCUUCGAGCUGAAGUAUUCAUCAAGUUCAUUCAUGUGGCCCAGAAACUUCAUCAGUUGCAAAAUUUCAACACAUUAAUGGCUGUGAUAGGAGGUCUUUGCCACAGUUCCAUCUCUAGACUUAAAGAAACAAGUUCUCAUGUUCCUCAUGACAUCCAUAAGAUAUUCAAUGAAAUGACUGAAUUGCUCUCAUCUGGUAGGAACUAUGAUAAUUACAGACGUGCUUAUAAUGAGUGCAGUAACUUUAAAAUCCCUAUACUUGGAGUACACCUGAAAGAUUUAAUUUCGCUUUAUGAAGCUAUGCCAGAUUACUUGGAAGAUAAAAGAGUUAAUAUGCACAAAUUGUAUUCUUUGUACAAUCAUGUCAAUGAAUUGAUACAGCUGCAAGAGAUAGGCCCUCCUCUGGAAGCUAACAAGGAUCUUGUCCAUCUCCUUACAUUGUCACUUGACCUUUACUAUACAGAAGAUGAAAUUUAUGAACUUUCAUAUGCUCGAGAGCCAAGAAGUCACCGGGCUGCACCCUUGACACCUUGUAAACCACCAGUUGUAGCAGAUUGGGCAUCUGGAAUUGCCCCCAAGCCUGAUCCAAAGAUAAUUAGUAAGCAUGUCCAGAGAAUGGUAGAUUCUGUUUUUAAAAAUUAUGAUCAUGAUCAGAAUGGAUAUAUUUCUCAAGAAGAAUUUGAGAAGAUUGCUGCAAGCUUUCCUUUCUCCUUUUGCAUAAUGGACAAGGACAGGGAAGGUCUGAUUAGCAGAGAUGAAAUUACAGCUUAUUUCAUGAGGGCCAGUUCAAUCUAUUCAAAAUUAGGCCUUGGCUUUGCCCACAAUUUCCAGGAGACCACUUACCUAAAGCCGACAUUCUGUGACAACUGUGCUGGAUUUCUUUGGGGUGUUAUUAAACAAGGAUAUAGGUGCAAAGAUUGUGGAAUGAACUGUCAUAAGCAAUGCAAGGAUCUAGUUGUAUUUGAAUGCAAAAGAAGACCCAAAAUGACCACUGUGGAUAACAGUCCAACAUCAGCUCUUGCAUCUAGCCUCUGUCCCAUGGGACUUAAAGAGCAUAUGCAUGGGCUGGAGGAAGGAGGAUAUCCAUUUCCUAAUGGCGAGGUGGUUGAACAUAAUGAAGGCAGCAAAGAUAGAACUAUUAUGCUCAUGGGAGCAUCAGCCCAGAAAAUCUCAGUAAGGCUAAAGCCAUCUGUGGUACACAAGGGUAUACAAACUGAUAUAAUGAUGGCGCUCGGUAAUGAAGUGUCUAAUCUACAAAGAGAGUCUGGAACAUCAUCUGAAAGUAGUUUUCUCCAGCCGUCUCCUAUGUUUCCAUGUCCAAGUCCACUUCUUGCCCGGAAAAAGGCGUAUGUGAAAUGGGAAAAUAAGGAUUGCAGUCAAAAAGUGAAGGAAGAUCCACAAACACUAAAACCCACAUAUCAAGAACUAGAAAAGGAAAGAAAUGUUCUGACUGCAGAGAAUGAAGCUCUCAAGCUGCGCCUUAAACAAGCUCAUAAGAAGAUUGAAUUCCUCAGCAUUCAACGAAAUCACAUACUGGACACUAGGGAACAUGGAGAUUGCUUGUAGCUUAGAAGAAAGACAUAGUGAGGAAAAGGAUAAAACCAGUGGGUUUUCUGAGUGUAUUUAAGUGUAUGUAAUUAAAUGUGUGCAGCAUGGCAGGAAUUUAAAGUAAGGUUGUCUUAUUUUGAUUGCUGUUAGUACUUGUGGAUGUAUAUAUUUUGUGCUAUCAGUUUAACUAGUUUACCUUCUGUUUGGCUGAAACUGCGUCGUUUGGAGUUCCUGUUAUUUUUAGAACAAGGAACACACCUGUUGCCAAAGUAACCAAACUGCAUUAUCAAAUAGGAAUGUGUACCUUGGGCUAAUUGUUGCUAAUUUUGGCAAUGCAAACUUGAAAAUGGGUAUGGUUUUUUAUUUGAAACUUAACCACAAAUGUUGCUGCUUGAAUGGGCAUAUGAGUCAAACAGCCAUUUCCAUAUUCUUUUUGAAUUGGUUAGUCUCUUUCUAAGGAUGCACAUUUCAGAUAGGCAGUUCCAAAAGCUUCCUCUUGGCAGCGGUGCACAGAAUAUGGGCAAAAAUAUAAAGAUGCUAGCCACAAAGGUACAAUCAAAGUUUCAUUUGUUUUUUAUGUACAUUGCACACACACACACACACACACACACACACACACACACACAGUGGCAUGGUAGCUCAAUGACUUAAAAGACAUUGGAGAAAGUCUGUAUUCCAGCAGUUCAAGUCCUAUCACUGUGUGACAGAGUGAGCUCCUGUCACUUGCCUCAGCUCCUGCCAGCCUAGCAGUUCAAAACCAUGUAAAUGUAAGUAGAUAAAUAGGUACCACUUCAUGGGAAGGUAACAGUAUUCUGUGUUUCAUCAAACACUUUUUGCUGAAGCAUGAUGUCAUGUUGUCCAUAUAACUGCAGAAAUGUCUUCGGAUAGUGCUGGCUCAAUGGCUUAAAGAAACGGAAAUGAGCCCCCCCCCCAAGAUGGCUACAAGUAAACCCCACAGGGACUCCUUUUCCAUACACACACACAUACAAACCAAACUGACAGAACUGUGAUGGCCUUGGCACUACACCCUCCAGUCUCACUAUGCGAAAAGAUUUUCAACUUGGAUUUUGGCACUGACAUUCUAAAACAAAGUCAAAAUGAGCAAUUUCACUGGCUAUAGAUUUGCAUGAUCCAGCUUUAAAAAAUACCUUUUUUAAAAAAUAUCCCCAGAAAAAGGCUCCUGAUACUGAUGGUUUUGAUUUAGUUUCUAUUGUAGUCAAUAGACCAGAUUCCUUUUGCUUGAAAAUCUUUAAUCAGUUCAGGCUUUCAUAGAAUACCUUUUAAUGAGAAGGAAUGAACCAGAUUAGCAGCAUUAUUUUUUUACUGUGCCACAUAGAUUAUUUCCCGCUGACAGUCAAGUCAAUGCUGGUCAGUUUUGGUCUGUUAUGGCCAUAUGUUACAAGGUAACUUAGCUAUAAUCUUAUUGCUUUUUUUUCUAUCGGGUGGGAAAAUGUGGCUCUUUUACAACCUGUGGACUUCAACUCCCAGAAUUCCUGAGCUAGCUUGGCUGUCUCGGGAAUUCUGGGAGUUGAAGUCCACAGGUUGUAAAAGCCACAUUUGCCCCCCCUGCCCUAGCUGGAAGUUGUAGGUAAUAGUUGACUUAACUGUUGAAAGAUACAAUGCAUCUCCCCUGGGAAUACUUAUUACUCAGUUCCAAAAUUCUGAUGACCACCUCUCCCUGCGUAUUUACAGACAUUUGUAGCACCCUGUGAUCACCUGACCAUGUUUUAGAAUGGUUUUGCUGAAAACUGCCAUUUACUUCAGGUUUUCAGCACACACACAAAAAAACCUAUAGCAAACCAUUGCUUUCCCUAAAAGCCUCAGCAUUUGCUUAGUGGCCAAGGUAACUGCUUUAUGAUCGCAAUGGUUGCUAUACAGCUGCCACAAAAAGCUCAUAAAAUUAGGUCAGUCAUGUGGAUGAGCCAUUUUACGAUCAUCAUUAGUUAUGACCAUGAUGGGCAGGCUCCAUUAUAGUCAUAAGUCAAGUAGCCAUACAUGCAAUGUAUUGAUACAGUUAGAAUGCAAAAUGAGAAGAAAUAAUGUGUAAAUUCAAUGUGUACCAAUGUGGUAGAAACUAAGAUGGUUUGCAAGAAUAGAAAAGAAUGGAGAGUUAUAGCAAAUUGUGAUUGUGCAAACUGAUUUAAUUGGAUUUCUUUUCUCUUUUUGCACACCACUUCUGUGCUUUGCAUAACAUUUGGCUUGCACUGAAAAGGAAUAGCAAAAAGAAAUAGCAUGUUGGGUGUGUACAGUACGUAUUUAUGCGUAUAAAUACAAUAUUUAUUUGAUUCCUAGUGAAAGGUGCUAUACUUCUUUUUCGACCAUUGUGAAAGAAAAUAUUCUCUCACUUGCCAAAUCAAGUGUGCAAGAUUCCCCAGUCCCUCUGCACUUUUGCCAACCCAACCACUUAUAAAUAUCUGUGUACCUUCCUUGACCUGCAGAGCACCUCUUGUGUAUAUCUCUCUGACCAUAAUUCAGGAACCACCUGAUAAGCACAAGCGAUGCUAAAAGCCACUUUCAUGUCUCAUGUCUACAUUUCUUUUUUAAUAGUAAUUUUAUUAAAAAUUGCAAUUAAAAUUGCAACAAUAAAAAUACAAUUAAAGAAAAAAAUAGAAAAGAAAAUAUAUAAAGAAAAAGAAAAUAUAUAAAGAAAUGACUCCCCUCUUCAACACAACAAAUAUAAACAAUUAUAGUAACAUAUUACCCUUAAAAAAUAACUAUGACUUCUUCCCAUAUCCUAUCUAUUAUCUAGAAACAAAUAAAUAAAGCCUCAUCAUUUAAGCCCUGGUGUUAGCAAAAGUCAAUUAAGGAUUACCAGAGAUAACAUAUCUAUUUUAACCUAGAUCAAAUAAAGCAAAUUUAUAUUCCUUUGUUUUACUUCUAAUGUUGAUCUUUAGUCCCUUCAAAUAAUGUCCUAGAACUUGCUUUCUUUUCACUUUUUUCUCCUGUCACAAAAUUCUUCAAAGCUUUAACAAGUCUCUUUUGUAAAUCCAAAAUGGGAAAAUUAUCCAGCUCACUCUAUUGAUUUGUUAUUCGUACAUCCCUUUUAAUUGUUAAGAAAUGAGCUGGGUUUUAUUGUAUUUUUAACAUAACGUCAUUUUCCAUGUCAUUCUUUACAAUUUCUGAAGGUGAUUACAAAAGAAAAGUAUGCAAAGCUAGUGUUCUUUUAAAGGCACCGACUACGAUUUGAGCAAGUUGGCUAUUCCCUCAUCUGCCAGAGCUCUAAAGCCACUGGUGACUGCUGUCUUGUAGUCCUCUCACAAGAUGGAAUUGUCUGGAACACUUGUGGGUGAUCUCAAGUGUUCUUGUCUGGAGGGGAAUUACAAACAGCUUUGUUAAAUUGUCUCUUCAUUCUGCCAUGGUUAUUGGCUCUGCUUUUCAUGGAACUGUCUUGAGUUCUUCUCUGGAAAUGUAUACAUUUGCAUUCCAUAAUGAUUCUAGAACUGACAAAUCAGUAGUACACUAUAAAAUAUUGUGUAGCACACUGUUGAUUUUCAUGUAACUUUUGUUCUAUUUAUUUACAACCUUAUUUUAAGGCUUUGUUCCAAAUGUAAUUUAUUUUUUGUAAUGAUGUAUUUCCCCAGCUAAAAUGGUAUUUGUACUUUGUAUGUAAUAUAUAGUUACUCUUUUUUUGAGUAAUGUCAUGGUACUAUUAUAUUUGUACAUUUCCUUGUAAGGCUCAACUUAAUCUAGAUUCUUUAGAUUCUUUAAAUAAGUAGCUUUUGUAAUUUAAAUAUUUUUCAGAAACAUCUCCAAUUGAUGUUAGGUAAGUCUGAUUAUUUAAUGUAAAUUAUUGUAUAAUAAAAAUGAUCAAUGCUUGUUUUUUUAAGGUUGAACUGAAAACUAGAAGUUAUACACUAAAUGUGAACUGAAGCAAUGAAAAUCGCUUGAUUGCACUUGAUAAUUGUUUGUAUUCUUUUCCAAUAUUUGCUUACCUUUAGCAGUCAUGUAUAAGCCAGCAUAGGAUGCCCCUUUAAGGGGAAGCUGACAGUUGUGAUGUGUAUGUCUGUUCACAUUGAAUUACCUUUUUUUCCUCCCAGCCUGUGCAAGUGUUUUUGUGUGUGUGUGCACACAUACAUAUGUACCAUGUUUCAUAUGUACCGUGUUUCAUGUCCUCAACUUAUGAACAUAAUUUUGAUCAUAAAUCAUUGUGAUUGUAAGUCAUGGCA